AUGGUCUCGGCGUUUCCCGGCUGGACAACGUGGAACACACUCGCAGCUACUCCAUAUUACACCCGUUUUUCGCCCGUUCUCAGCCAGAACGAAGGGGAAGAGGGAAGCGCGGCUGUCCGACUCGAACCUCCCAACCGACCGCUGUUGGUCGUUGAUGAUGUCCGGCUGUGUACCCUGGCAGAGAAGGGCGUACAAUCAACAUAUUCUUCAGACGAGAUCCACGUGCUCCAAUCUGGUAUUUCUCUCCUCGUCUUCCACUCGUCACAGACGGCCUUUUACUGGAAUCGACCUCGCGAGAGUGCAAGGAAAAAACGGACGUUGUAUUGGCGGUACAUUGCGACCCACAAUGCACACCCAGCACGCAUUUUUUCCGAGAAGCUCCCGCAGACUUGGAAGCUUGCCUCGGUGUACCUCAAGUGGUGCUCUUUAGGUGCUAAAUUUUCCCUUCGUCCCGUCAUUGCUGACAAAUUACGUCAAGGAGCGCUAACUUCAUUGAACUCCAAAGUCAAGAUACCGUAUUCACUCAGGCAUAGCCAAGAACUCACCAGCCUGCUUGAUUCUCUUGGAGAGCCGCGGCCUUCAUCGCAAAUGCACUCGGAUUGGGAGCGACUGGCUGAGGACACGAGGGACCCGAUCGCGGAGAGCAGUCUGCGGUUGUGGAAUCAACAGUCGCCAGGAAUAGAAAGAAGCGCGGAAGAGACGGGCGAGGACAUCAUCCUCGCGGAGAACGCUGAUGAGGAGACGCGCAAACUGCAGAUUUCCAUCAUUGCUAGCGUGCUCGUCGAGAAAUAUACCCACCAGGCCGCCGAAGAGACUAUUUCGGAAGCGUAUUCAUCGCCUGCAAGAUCGAAAGUCAUGAAUGGGCUUUUUUGGACCUUAAAUUAUCUUACUCUGGGGGCAUUCCUCCGAUAUCACCAUCGACUGGCAGAAGUGCGGUCAGCUAUAAUCACGGACGAACAGUGGCGGAGUCAUAUCUUACAACUGGUCAAGGAGUGGGAGGAGUUCAAUCUCAUCUCCACGGUGCUACUUUCAGCAUCAGCGGGAAUUCUCGCGCUUCCUAGCGUUCAAGGGGUCCCAAGAACCGCAAUAUUAAUAUCAAUUCUUGGCUCAUUCGCAAGUGUCACAAGCGGGUUAUACUGCAUUUCCAUGUACCAGGUCCGCACCAAGGACGAGCGCUCAAACGAGCGCACUAAUGACAUGGACAAGUUCAACUACAGCGAAUACACCUCCGACAACAAGACUGUUUCGCUCGUGCUUGGUCUACCCAUGGCAUUCCUCGUCUGGGCGCUUGUCGCCUUCACCGUUGGCAUCUUGUCGUACAACGUCGUCGCCACCAAAACGGCCGGGCGUGUUUCGGAUGUCGCCUAUGCAGUUAUAGCGGUCGCGAUCGUGAUGCUGAUCCUGCUUGUACUCGCAUUGUACAGCCUUUCGAGCCUGUGGGGCGUUAUUGAUGGGCAUUCUCGUGCUCGAAGGUUUUUCCGAUUUGUGUUGGGGAGGCGGGCAGGCAAAGGGGGAGCGGGCAAGCUGGAUGAGUCGAGUAGGGAAGGUCUGGAGAUAGUGAGGGCGGUUUCGCCGAAAGUCAGGGUUCCUGUUUGA